AGGACACCGCCAGGGUUUUAAGGGCAGCUUGGAGGUAUUUCUUUUGUCUCAGAUACCAAAACCGGAGGGCGGGAUCUGCGUAACCAUCUCAAUUAAACAACAAAAGAAAGUAAAAGGCCAGAGUCUUUGGGACGCAACACCUUACAGCAUGAUCAGACGGCAGACAGCUGCGUUUGGCCCACAUUCAAAUAUUAAUCUUAUGCUUGUGACCUAACACUUUCUAUAUGAAAAGCGCCUACUUUCAAGCUAUUAAAUCGUAGCAAAUGUGUUUUUUCCAAAAGGAGCGCGUUCUUAUCGAGCACUUUACUUCAGCUUCAUAUUCGACAUUACAGUGAUAUUUUAAAGUGUGCAAAACUGUUACAGCGCUACAACUCAAUCCACAAAGGACUCUUCUUAGAUCCCACCUUCAAACCUAAUGAAAAAAAAGGUAAAAAAAUAUCUCCACAACUACACUUCAGUGUAGCCGAAUUAACCUGGAAGCGUUGAAUACAUUUGACCCGGAAAUUGUCAUCUCAGUUCACCCAACAUGGCAGCAGAAAGUGCAAUGGAAUUAUUGUUUUUGGACACUUUUAAACAUCAAAACACAGAACAGAAUACAAAUGUAGAUGUAGUUCGUUUUCCAUGUGUUGUUAUCGUAAAUGAAGUCCGUGUCAUACCCCCAGGAGUGAGGGCCCACAAUGGAAUUCCCGAACCUAGGGCAUAUGGUGAAACCUCCCCCCACACUUUUCAGCUGGACCUGUUUUUCAACAAUGUCAGCAAACCAACUGCUCCUGUCUUUGACAGAUUAGGCAGCCUUGACUAUGACGAAAACUCUUCGAUUGUUUUUCGACCAAGUGGAAAGGUGAACACUGAUGGAUUAGUGCUCAAAGGCUGGUAUAAUUGCCUUACUCUAGCAAUUUAUGGGACAGCAGAUCUUGGGGUGGGUCAUGAAAGAGAUUCACCCCCACCACCUCCUCCUCCUCCCCCGCCUCCACCUCAGCAGCAGACACAAAGCACGAAGAGAAGCCAGAAACAUGGUCCGGACUUAUUUAUUGAAUCAUGUGUUGAUUCUUUGAAUAUGUUCCAAGGUUCCUCAGAUGGCGAAAGAGAAAAGGAUGACCAAUUCACUGGCAGUCCUCCUCGACCUCCACCAAAAGGUCCAAGAACGCCACCAGGCCCGCCACCACCAGAUGACGAUGAAGAUGAGCCAGUAUCAGCGCAAGCUGACAAAGACGAUGGUGGUGAACAUAGAGAAAAUUAUUUUGAACCUAUUUCUCCAGACCGAGCUUCCAGUCAUCAGGAGGAGCAGUAUUCUGAUGAAGAGGACGAGGCUGAAGAACAGCCAGAUGAAGGGGAUGGAGAUGAUGCGGAGGCUGAGGAAGACGACGAUGAUGAUGAGCAGGUUGUUGAAAGUAUGCCUGAAGAGGAUGAUGAAGAUGAAGGGGAAGAUGAUGAUGAAGAGGAAGAAGCUGAAGGAGACGAUGGGUAUGAACAAAUUUCCAGUGAUGAAGAUGGAAUUGCUGAUCUGGAAAGAGAAGCAUUUAAAUAUCCAAACUUUGAUAUUGACUACACUCCUGAAGACUUGGCUUCAGUGCCGCCAAUGACUUAUGACCCUUAUGAAAGGGAUCUUGGACCCCUUUUGUACUUCAGCUCUCCAUACAGGACUUCAUUCGAAGAUGAGCUUAAUAAAUUACGGGACCAAGAUGGAGAAAAAGAUAGUUUAGGAAUAGAAGCUUCUGUGAAGCUUACUGAAUUAUUAGAACUGUUUAAAGAAGACAGAAGUGCAAAAUGGGUGACUGCAUUAGAAGAAGUUCCCAUCUUAUUAGUUAAGGGUUUGAGUUACCUUCAGGUAACAGAACCAAAAUGUGAUUGUCUUGAACACUUGGUUAAAUGGACCAUACAUGCAUUAAGUCUUCAAGUCGCUCUUACACAGCCAAUUGCAUUUAAUGUUAGACAGCUUAAAGCUGGCACAAAACUUGCCUGUUCCUUGGCAGAAUGUGGCACCCAGGGGAUUCAGGCACUUCUCAAAGCUGACAUUAUACCCCGAUUGUUUGACUUGUUGUUUGCAGACCAUGUGUCAUCUUCACUGAAGCUAAACACUUUGAAAGCUUUAGACAGUAUAAUUAGUACCGCUGAAGGUAUGGAAGCCUUUCUCCAAAACAGGCCCGUUGGCAGUGAGAGUAGUGGUUAUCAAAGACUUGUAGAUAUUGUAUUAUUAGAUCAAACUGUUAGAGUGGUAACUGCUAGCACUGCUAUAUUACGGAAAUGUAAUUUAUAUGAGCUUCUGUCAGAACUACAGAGAGUGGCUGACAGUUUCAUGCAGAGUACUAUUGGCUGUCCGAAGACAGCAGACAUUACUGAGGAUACUGAGGGCAGAAGACAGAAACUUAAAGUGGAAGAUGAACUGGAUACUCCUAUGGAUGUCGAUCAUCUCAUGGACUCCUCAAACAUAAGUGAAGGAGAACUAGAAAAACUUGCAAGUCUUUUGGUUGAAAUUUUGCACUUAAUGGAAAAUGCUUCACAUACAAUGAUACAGCCGCCUACAAAGUCUUUCCCAACAGCAGCACGCAUUACAGGUCCUCCAGAAAGAGAUGACCCUUAUCCAGUCCUUUACAGAUACCUUCAUCGCCAGCAUUUUGUAGAAUCGCUCACCGUGCUAAUGUCGAUUCCAGCUGUCAGUGCUCACCCUGGUGUUUAUCAGUCCAUGAGAGAUAUACUGCGAGUGUUUUCUCAGACACAGAAAGGUUUGUUGUUUCUGCUAACUGAAUACGAGGCAACAAACUUGUUACUUAGAGCACUCUGCCAAGUACCUGACCAGGACCAAGAUGAUGGCGUUAAUUUGGAGAUCACUAAUGAAGACUCCUUCACUUUGUGGCUGCUCUUUGCAUUGCAGUCUUUACAGUAUGUUGCCGAGCUUUUCUAUCACUUUAAUCACACAACAAAUAUUGAAGAAACUGACCACGCUGAGCUGCUGGGAAUCCUCCACAACAUUUAUCUGAUUACUUACAGCUCUGUUGGAAGAUCAGCUGUUAGCCAUGUAUUCAGUCUAGAGAAAAACCUGCACAGCCUCAUUACCUUGUUGGAUUAUUAUUCCAAGGAUAUUGUAGGGGAUUCGAAAUCAAAGAAAUCUGUUGCUUAUAAUUACGCCUGCAUGCUUGUGCUGGUGGUGGUUCAGUCGUCGUCUGAUUUCCGGAUGUUGGAACAGCACUCUCCUGCGCUUUUGAAGCUCUGCAAAGCUGAAGAAAACACUAACCGAUUACAAGAACUCGCCAAAUGGGUGGAGCCACUGAAAAAUCUGAGGUUUGAAAUCGGUUGCAUCCCAAGUCUAAUCGACUACAUUAAACAGAAUUUUGAUAAUUUGAUCACCCCAGAAGGAGUUGGAAUCACUACUGCACUUCGUGCCCUCUGUUAUAUUGCCUGUCCACCACCUCUUGCUGAAGGCCAACAGAAAGAUCUGAAAUGGAACCUUGCAGUUAUUCAGCUGUUUUCUGCUGAUGGUAUGGACACAUUUAUUCGUAUUUUGCAGAAGGUGACUGAUCUUCUCAUUCAGCCAUGGAGACUUCAUGCUAACAUGGGAACGACACUUCAGAGGAUUACCACCGUGUCAGUCACACAAUGCACUCUUAUUCUUCUCAAAACCAUGCUGAUGGAACUUCUUCGUGGCGGAUCGUUUGAAUUUAAAGACAUGCGGGUUCCUGGGGUACUAGUGACAUUACACAUGUUGCUUUGUUCCAUACCGUUUACAGGUCGCCUUGACAGUGAUGAACAGAACAUUCAGAAUAAUAUUGUUGAUAUUUUGUUGACAUUUACUCAAGGAGUAAAUGCCCAUGUGACUUAUUCAGAAGAAACGCUGGCUAAUAAUACUUGGUCUUUGAUGUUAAAAGAGGUCCUAUCCAGGCUUUUACAAGCUCCAGAAGGAUUUUUCUCUGGUCUAUUAUUAUUUUCAGAGCUUCUACCACUUCCGCUGCCUAUGCAUACAACACAGGUAAUUGAGCCAAAGGAUAUUGCAGUUGCCCUGAACACACGAAAACUGUGGAGUAUGCACCUCCAUGUCCAUUCCCAGUAUCUUCAGGAAAUUAUACGUUCUUUUUCUGGGUGUUCCUGCCCACCACUUCAAAACAUGCUUAGACGCGUCUGCAUCAAGCUAAGUGACUUGGCCGCACCAACCGCACUCCUUGUAAUGAGAACAGUUUUGGAUCUCCUUGUAGAAGAUCUACAUAGUACUCCAGAAGGAAAACCAAAACAAUGUACCACACACACUGUGCAGCUGCUAGCGCUGCUUGAUUCUUUUGCAUCUCAUGGAGCUUGUAAAGUGGCUACCCUUACCCUUAUAAGUGGUAACAGUAAAGGAGAUGAGAGAUUUGUGGAGUUUUUCCAGGAGCUGCUGGUGCUAAUGAAGACGUCUGGAGACGGUACACACCAGCAAUGUGCUGAAAUUGUUGCUUCCAUUGUGCAGUCCCUUUGCGAUCAGGACAUUUCUUUGAUUUUACCAACAUCUGCUGAGGGAUCUAACUCUGAACAGGAACAAUUGUCCAACUCACUGCCCGGAAAGGAACUACUUAUAUCCAUAUGUGACAGUUUGUUGGAAACGCUGGCUAGCAGCACGAGCAGCUGUACUGUGGUACUGACCGGUCUAAGGACCAUGAUCUUCCUCACAGAGCAUGACUAUGGACUUUUUUGUUUGAAAAGUUGCUUGAAGCGACACAGCAAUGCCCUGUAUGUAUUACUAAAGCGAAUCGUUCACGGUUCCAACAAAGAUGCUGCAGAGCUGGGCUCUUGCUUUCUGGAUUUUUUAAGACAGAUCCUGAGCACGGAUUUUUUGGGCUGUUGUGGAGAAGAUGGUGGCCCUAUGGAGAUCGACGGAUCCCAUCCUUCACGCUCAAUAGCUCUUAGUUCUUCAGAGAUUAAGCAGUUGCUACAGUUGAAGGAAGGGGCCCAGGACAAUCUUCUUCUCGAACUGGAGAAACUUGUCAUGGAACAAGUGAAAGAAGAUGAUAGCCUUGAAUCUUUGUUAGAAAAUGUUGCUGGAUUCCGGCAGAUGCUGGAAACUGCUGGUGAUACACCAACAUCAGCUGAUUCAGAGGUUGAACCUGUCCUUCCAGUAUCGGACACUAUCCAGAAUCUCUUCAAUAACAGAACGGUAUACAUAUUGGCAGAUAUAGUUGAUGAACAACUCAAGAGUCUGUGGUUCUCUCCAUUCCAAGCAGAGGAAACUGACGCUGAUGUGGAAAUGGUGAAAGUGGAUCUUAUUGCACUCUCGGAAAAGUGCUGUAGUGACUUUGAGAUAAAAGCUGAACUAGGAAAAUCUUUCAUGAAUGAACCCACCUCUCCAGGAAGAACAAAGGCAGCCAAAGGUUUUAAACUUGGAAAACACAAACACGAGACUUUCAUCACAAGUGGAAAAUCUGAAUAUAUCGAACCAGCAAAGAGAGCACAUAUUGUGCCCCCUCCCAGGGGAAGAGGCAGAGGAGGAUUUGGUCAAGGAAUGAGGCCUCAUGAUAUAUUCCGCCAGCGAAAGCAAAAUACAAGUAGACCUCCCUCAAUGCAUGUGGACGAUUUUGUUGCUGCCGAGGGCAAGGACAUUGUACCCCAGCCUGGAUUACAGCAACCCAAAAGACCACAGAAAGCACCACCAAAAAUGCCUCCUCGUGGAGGAUUCCAAGGAAACAGAGGUGGUGGUGGAGGAGGAGGUGGAGGAAGAGGAGGGGUUUUCCACUGUCAGAAUCGUUUUUUCACUCCUCCAGCACCAAAAGGAAAUUAUGGUCGCCGUGAAGGCGGUAGAGGCAUAAAUUGGAAUGUACAGAGCGUCCUCCGUGGACCUUAUGGUGAAAACAGAGGUGGGCAGAGCAACUUUAACCGAGGUCCACCACCAAGGCAGAGCUCUGCAGGAUACCGCCCUAAUUCUCGUGACCGUACACCAAGAGGCCGUGGAGCUGGUCCAUCCUGGGGUAACAGUGGGGGUAAUAGUGGUGGCUCAAGAGGAAAGUUCCUAGGAGGAAACAGUGGACGUGGUCGCCAUGCUCGGUCAUUUACAAGAUAAAAGCCCCUCGCACUCAAAAGUAUCCUGACCAUGUGAAGUUUUUAAUGUUUCCUCAAGAUGUGAAAGUGAAAUAAUUAAGACACUGAAGGACCAAGUUUUCUUUUGUACUUGGGAGACAGAAUAUUUUGUUUGAAUGAAACAGAAAUAUUUGUUUCAUACAAGAACUGGACAUUCAAUAAAAAAAACUGUCCUUUACUGUA